CUUUUCUCGUCCUCGCCCAAAUUUUCCUACUAACCAACUGCUGGUUCUUCCCGAACCGGGUCUGUCGCUCAUUGAUUGCUUGAUUGACGGCUUGAUGGACUGAUCCAUCUUGAUUGGGAUUGUCUGAAAGCCCCAAAGAAAACCCGCCCCAGGAAUGGGUCUCCGUCCCCUGAGUUUUACAGCGGCGCGUGUCAUCCUCCCUCACCUCAGACUCGCCGACUCCCUCUAGAGCCCCGUGCCACUCCUGCUCUUGUCGCCAUGAGGGUGCUGCGUCGAUCCUGAACCCAUUGACCAACGAUUGUUUCUGAUCUUCCCUCUGCCCCCUUCCCGUCUCUUGCCUGUUCUUGUCAUCUAUCCCGAGAGUUGGCGUUCACCUUGCCAAUUAGAGUGCCGCCCUCCCUCAUGGCCCCCGGCUGGUCUUCUCCGCCUGCGUCGGGCGCUUUAUCGUCAAGCCCAAACCAUAAUCAUUCCCAGUCCCAAACUUAUCAUCCUACAUUUCCAGGGACUGUUGACCCCGGCGCUUGGCCAAGCCCUCCUCGCCCUCCCUCGUCCGCCGCCUCUCCUUCUUCCCCUCCUCCCUCUGCUUCCUUCGUGCGCAGGAAACCAGUACCCCAGGAUGCUGUGAUCCUGUCGCGCCAGUCCAGGCCUCCCUCUUCGCCCUCCUCGCCCCUGCUGUCCCCCCGGGGUGACUCUGCUGCAGAUCCGCCGUUACUCCCUGUCUCCCCCCCUCCUGUCGUCCAUAACUUGGACUUCUCCCCUGCUUCGACCUUGUCCUUCCCCGGCUCCGUGUAUGAGGUUGACGACGAGGAGGACGAGGAUUCCUUUCACUCUGAUCCAAGGGAUCUGGAUAGAUCUCCCCGUGGUGGUCCGUCCGCGUCCCAUCUACGUAUCAAUACCUCCGCGGCAUUCGUCGACGAGGACGACGACGAGAGCAACAACCGCCACAACCAUCUCGCCUUCUCCGCCCAGUUCUCGAAUGGGACUCCCGUGCACAGCCGUCUUGUCAGCGAGCCGUUUGUUCCCAUCCUCAAAUCACCUUCCUUUGUCCCGAAGCGGGCUACAACCAUGGCCUUGCAUUUGCCCACCAACCGUCCUCCCCCGCUACAUAUAGAUUCACCCAGCCGGUCCUCGUCCGGAGACUCCAAGCAGCCCAAAACCCCUGCAAACAAGAUCAGCUCCUUCUUCGGCUGGCGCGCUACAACCUCAUCCCCUGGCGCAGAGUCCUCCAGCACCGAAAUCUCCGAGACCGGUCGCUCCCCGGUGCCCUCCCCGAUGCCUCCUUCUCUACACAGCGCUCACUUCUCCAUCACUCCCUCCACCACGGUUCCCUUCGAUCCCACCAGGCCUCAGGUGCCUCUUCCGCAGCGAAACCCAUCGUUGAGCAGUGGGAGUAUUCUGGAUUCAAAGUCAACAGCUUUGGUGACAGAACUCGAGAAUGAACUGCGGGAGAUCAGCUCGGAGCUGGCGGGGUCCAUCCGGCGGGAGAUGGAGUUGGAGGAUCUGGUAGAAAGGCUGCAGUCGGAUGUCCCCUUAGAUACCCCCAAUCGCCGUACGAGCGAUUACUUUUCCGAUUCGGGCUCCAGCUCCAUCCGCUAUGCGUAUGAGGCAGGCGGUCGAAUCGAAGAUAUUGAGAAAUAUAAACGCACCGCCGAGCAGGAAAGGGCUCAGCUCAAGGUGGAUUUGUCUCAAAAGCUGCAAGAAGAGCGAAGCCGUCGAGCGGCAUCCGAGGCGCACGUCCAGAUCCUAGAGUCGCAGGUUCACCAGCUGCGACGAGAGAGAGUAGACCUCUCAGACUUGUCGUCUAGGACGAAAGAGCUCGAAGCAGCAUUAGAUGGUACCCGUAGAAAGUUGGCGGAAGAACGGCAGAUCAAGGACAACUUUGAAGAUCUGUUAACAGCAAUGAGAGUUGAACUCGAACAGCUGCGAAACGAACGGGACCAUCUCCGGGAUGACGUUAUCCCUCAGUUGCAACAAGGUAGCCAAUCGGCCGUCCCUCCGUCCGAUCCCUCGGAAGUCGAGCGGCUGCUGGAAGAAAUCGAAGCGUUAAAAAUCGAAAACGCCUCACUUGCCCAGCUGCAAGGCAGUCGGUUCGCAUCGAUUGCCGAGGAGGACGGGAUGCCAACCUCAAGAAAUGUCGGAUUGGGCCUGUCGCGGUCGAACUCGCUGGCUCGCGUGCGUACCAAGCCCGGUACGCCUGGCCUGUCCCGGUCGAAUUCGGUAUCUGCCAAGGAGCGCAAUGAGUCUCCCCGAGAAAACCUGGCGGACCGCAUCGAGGAUGUGGAAGCGCAGCGUGAUGCUCUUCACCAGUCUCUUCGGCGUCUGCUUGAUCGCCAGGCCCACGAUGCCCGGGAAUAUGAGAAGCGGCUUCAGCUCAUGGAGCUGGAGGUCGCCCGCGCACAGCAAAUGGGUUCCCCGCGCAAGCUGGGCUACGAACGCGAAGUCCGCAACUUGCGCGAAGAGGUGAAUGAUCUUCGUCAGCGGGCCGAGGACGCUCUGGAGCAAAAGUGGCAGUGCGAGAAAGGUUUGGCCGGUCUGAAGAUGGACCUGGACCGGGCCGAACAGGAGACCACAUCCCUGCGUGUACUGUUGCAGGAGCAUGACAUCACUGUCCCCGAAGACCUCGAGUGCGACCGCGACGGGUUCGCAGAGGUUCUCGCCACGUCCUCGUCCCUGGAGUCGGCUUACCGACAACUCCAGGCGGACCGGGAGAUCGCCGAAGCCAGCGCGGCUCAGUCACCCAUGGCGGAGCAAGGCUCGCUCGCCGAGUCGGUCAGCCGGACGGAGAUGCUCGCGCAGCAUGUGCAACGGCAGCUGGCCAGCAACCACGCCCUGCGAAGCCGUCUGGCCGAGGCCAUUGGCAAGGGUGAGAAGGAGCAGCAGCUGUCGGCUGCUCGCAUCAACGAAAUGCAGGCCCGGCUCAAGGAGAUGGAGGACAUCCUGGUGAUGGCGCAGCAGUACUCUGAGGAUGAAAUGGCCCGUCACGAGGAGGAAGUGCGUGCCCUUGAAGAGAGCCACAAUGCGCAGUUGAAGCGUAUGAAGAACGGUGCGCGCAGCCCCGCGGCCUUGUCGCCCAUGCCUCCGACCACGCCUUUUGGCGCGCGGUCGCCCCGGCUCGAGAUAACCACCAGCGGCAAGGGCAUGGCUUUGGAUGAGGCCAUCCAGUCGGAGAAUUUGGAACGGCGGGUCAAGGAGCUGGAGAAGCUCCUUCGCGACGCCGAUUCGGAAAUGGAGGAAGUUGUGAGCCGGAUGAACCGGGCGCAAAUCGAAGUUGGCGAACUUCAGUCUGAUCGGGAUGAGGCACUCCGCCUGACUCGCAAGCUCCAGGCCGAAAUCAUGGCCGAACGCGAGACGUUCAAGGCCCUGAUGGGUUGAUGUCGAUUUCAUAACUCCUUGCUUUGCGCUGUAUAAAAUAAUCUCAUGGGGCGGUGUUUGGGCGUCGACUAGCGUGAGGAAUGUUUUGGAUGCGCAUGUUUGUUUUGGACGAGGUGCUGCGCAUCCUCCGAGGCUUGUAUAUGGUGACUGGGGUCCAUGGCCAGAUGGACUUGUAUAUAUCUCACGAUCACGAAGUGGUCAUGUGUAACCGCCUAGAUGUACAGUUGUAUACCACCUUGAUUGACAC